UAAAUAGCCAGUUUCAGUGGUUGUCUAUACAUGUACAAGUAGUAUACUGUAUAUCCUUUUCACAGCAAGUUAUCUAUCUGAUUUGAAAACGGAGAUUUAAGAAACAUGAUGUUUGACAUGUUAGAAAUGCUCCAGGAUCUGGAGACAAAGUCAAAGAAAGAAUCCAGCUUGAAGGAGGAGGAGAAAAAACAAGAUGAUGAACUGAGACAACUGAAACUGAAAGUGACCAAGUUGCAGCAAAAGAAGAAGUGGCUGCAGCAACAACUCAGUAAAGAGUCUCCUCUACAACAAGUAGACAUAAACAACAUUGACAGUCUGGACAGAGAGGAGAAGUCAGAGCUCCUGGAUGCUGCUUAUGCUGCACAACAGAAAAAGUUGGAAGAGAUGGUCGUACUCCACAGACUAACAGGUAUUUCUAUCGACCAUAUUAAACCAGAGGCAAUACGAAUCUGCUGGGAUACCUCAUAUGGAGGGGAAUUCUUCGAGGCUUUCUAUGCCGAGGUGACCCGCUCCAGAGACAAGCUGACGGUGCAGCACCACUCCCUGCCGUACUUUCUUCCCAUCAACUCUCUGAUUACCAGACACCUGAAUACAGAUAUCACUGUGUUUGCAGAGACGGUGUCCAGGUAUCUGAAUGUGUUUGUAGAGAAGAGACAGGAAGCUGUUAAUGCUGAGAAGGAGUUUGGGUUGUAUAUGUCCAAGCCUAUUGCUGCCAGCCCGUCCUGUGACGUGAUUGAGUUCAGCCUGAAGCCCACCAUGGUCCCAGGAAAACUCCACACGCAGCUGUUCUAUAACGAUCUUCUCCAGCCUCUGCCCACUGAGGUAGAGGUGGAGUGGAGAGGUGAAGAGGGUGUGCUAUCCAGAGAAGAUAUAUUCAGAGUCAAACAGAUAUUUCUGUCAAAGUCAUUAUGCAGUGCUUUGGAAGAGUUGGUCACUAAAGUUUGA